AGCAGCUCGACGUCCGAGAGCUUUAUUAUUCACCCAAAAAAACCGUCCGAAGAGCUUUACCGGCAAGCCAGCCUUCCAUGCACGCGUUUAAAGAGUGAUGCUUUGCACGUGCUCGGAGCUGACUAGGAUCUGGUGUGGUCAAAAGUGUGCACGUGUCAGCCCACCUUCCGAGGACGCCCCCCCGCUUGUCCAGGUGUUGUCAUCUUUUCCACGCUCAUAAGUUAUAACCUUCCCUCGUCUCUUAACUAACAUAGCUCUCUCCACCGUCCCCAAACAAACCCCAGCCACCACUGACCCUACCCAACCCGAAUAUCCAUUUCGGACCAAUCUCAAUCCAACCCGAAUUUAUAUACCAGAAUUACAGCCAUGGAGAAGGAGAAUUCUGGGAGUUUCAAGUAUACGGGGAAGAGCUUUAGUAAAUUGAGUGUUAAUGACGAUUCCUCAGCUUUCAGUGACUGUAACAGCGACAGAUCAGGGGAGUUCCAAACGGCGUCUUCUCAAAAUCGACGUUUAUUACUAGCCUGCGCAGCGGAGAAUCCCGAUGAUCUAAUUCGCCAGCUGGUAUCGGAUCUCGAGUCCUGUUCGAUUGACGAGCAAAAACAAGCUGCCAUGGAGAUCAGACUCCUCGCCAAGAACAAACCAGAGGAUCGCCUCAACAUCGCUAAAGCUGGUGCAAUUAAGCCCUUAAUUUCGCUAAUUUCAUCGUCUGAUUCUCAGCUUCAAGAGUACGGUGUCACUGCGAUUUUGAAUCUAUCACUAUGUGACGAGAAUAAAGAAUUGAUGGCUUCAUCAGGCGCGAUCAAACCAUUAGUUAGGGCUCUGAGAACCGGUACAUCGACGGCGAAAGAAAACGCUGCGUGCGCUCUACUUCGUUUAUCACAAAUGGAAGAGAAUAAAGUCGCAAUCGGCCGGUCAGGAGCGAUUCCAUUGCUAGUAAACCUCCUCGAAACCGGAGCAUUUCGCGGGAAGAAGGACGCAGCAACUGCUCUGUAUUCGUUAUGUUCGGCCAAGGAAAAUAAAAUCAGGGCCGUCCAAGCUGGGAUCAUGAAACCACUGGUGGAAUUAAUGGCUGAUUUCGGGUCUAACAUGGUGGAUAAGUCAGCGUUCGUUUUGAGCCUGUUGAUUACGGUUCCUGAAGCUAAAACCGCUGUUGUUGAAGAAGCAGGGAUUCCAGUUCUGGUAGAAAUUAUUGAAGUCGGGUCGCAGAGGCAAAAGGAGAUCGCGGUGUCGAUAUUGUUGCAGAUUUGCGAAGAUAAUCUAGUGUUUCGAGCUAUGGUGGCUCGAGAAGGAGCGAUUCCGGCGUUGGUGGCUUUGACACAGUCCGGCACCAAUCGCGCCAAGCAGAAGGCGGAGACAUUGAUCGAUCUUCUACGGCAACCAAGAUCCAGUAACGCCGCCGCUGCCAGAACGUCAGAUGUGUCAGGAUAAGUGUCGCAACCACAAGCCCAUAUGUAAUCAUACGAUCAAAAAAUGCAUACUUUUAAAAAAGAAAAAACAAACUGUAAAUAUCUUUGGAACUCAGAGCUUGUAAAAAGUGUGAUUAGUGGACUGGGUCUGGUUACAGACUCGGGUUUUCCUUUGCGGAUUUUAAUAUUGUUGUUUGAUCUUUUGUGUCUCA